AUGUCAGCUUACACAAACCAGGAUCCUCGUCUUCACGGCAUCAAAACUAAAAUCCGCGUCGUCCCCAACUUUCCAAAAUCCGGUAUCAUGUUCCAAGACAUUACCACUCUGUUACUGGACCCCAAAGCUUUCAAAGACACCAUCGAUUUGUUCGUAGAACGAUACAAAGGCAAAAACAUUUCUGUUGUUGCAGGAAUCGAAGCUCGUGGUUUCAUUUUUGGUCCUCCCAUUGCCCUUGCAAUAGGAGCAAAGUUUGUACCAUUGAGGAAACCAAAGAAGUUGCCUGGCAAAGUUAUAUCUCAAGAAUAUAUUCUGGAAUAUGGAAGCGAUUGUCUUGAAAUGCAUGUUGGAGCUGUUGAAGCUGGUGAACGUGCUAUAGUUGUUGAUGAUUUGAUUGCAACCGGUGGAACACUCUGUGCAGCCAUGGAUUUACUCGAACGUGUUGGAGCAGAGGUAGUUGAGUGUGCAUGUGUUAUUGAAUUGCCAGAACUAAAGGGUCGUGAACGAUUGAAUGGGAAGGCAUUGUACGUGUUGGUGGAAUACUUUGAUGAUAUAUGA